GGGGCCCUGAGCAGUGUCCGUCUCUGUCAUCUGGAGGUCCCCAUUGUCCAGAGGUGAGAGAAGCCAGGGGGCAGUCACACGCACAAAAUCCAAGAUGGCCAAAGCGGUGUGGGAGCUAGUGGCAUUUGUUCUGUUUAGCUUCAUUUUGUCGGCUAACGCCCAGCAGCCAGCCGCAGAAGGAAGAAUGGACAGACUAUGUUUCUCAGAUCCACAAGUUUCACAGUAUUGUGCUGGCAUGGAAUCCUAUAAAUAUUUUUUCGACGACCGAACAGGAAAAUGUGUUUAUAGGCUAGGAUGUGCCUUCUCUGGAUUCCCAACGAUGACACAGUGCAAGAAAGAGUGCGUGUGUAGACAGCCUCUAUCUGAGGGGUCCCAAGUGGGGGGCCCGAAUUGUGAGCAGGAAAUCAUGCGCUGGAUGGCAGUUGGCGAAGUAUGCGUUCAAAAGCCUUACACUGGCUGUGGGGGUAAUGGAAAUAACUUCUUAACACAGGCCGAAUGUCAAAACGCUUGUAAUCCCCGGGAGCUGGAGUCGAUGAUGGGGUUUGACAUGCCUUCCUUUAAUGAUAUGCCUUUUGCGCUCCCGCCUGGGUCUUUUGGCAGCGGUAUGGCUCACCCUGGAUUACCUCCAAGUGGAAUGCAUGGCCCACCGCCGGGCAGACCGAAUAAACCUCCUUCAAAUAUGGGUAAGAAAAAUGCUCGACCAAACGGUAAUGCUAGAAAGGGCGGUAACAGAGCACAAAAUCAAAGGAAACCUCCCCCACCUCGCAAUAAUAACCGCCCACCACCUCCUCGUGGAAAUGGUCCACCAAACCAAAGAAGACCCAAUGGUCCACCAAAUGGGGGAUGGCAUCCACCCCCACCGCAUGGAAAUAGACCCCCACCACCACCACCAGGACCUCAAAAUUUCCCACCUAAUGGCAACAGACAAAGAGGUCCCCCACCGCCAGGAAACAGGCAAAACGGCCCCCCUCCACCCCAACGUCACGGCAUACCCCCUCCAUGGGCCAGAAACGGACCACCAAAUAGAGGACCAAAUGGGCCAAACGCAAAUUCAAACUUUCCUCCUCAACGUCAGCCGAACGCACCACCUCAACGUCAGCCGAACGCACCACCUCAACGUCAGCCUAAUGCACCACCUCAGCGUCAGCCUAAUGCACCACCUCAACGCAUGCCAAAUGCACCACCUCAACGUAUGCCAAAUGCACCACCUCAACGUAUGCCAAAUGCACCACCUCAGCGUCAACCUAAUUAUCCUCCCCCACAACGCCAACCUAAUUAUCCUCCCCCUCAACAGAAUUCGAGACCAAAUUUCCCCCCACCUCAAAAUAACCCUACACAACAACAAAGACAACCGAACAUCCCACCACCACCACAGCCCAACCCUCAAUCCAAUUUACCGCCAAAUGCGCCGGCAGCAAACCCCAGUAAUUUUGGCGCUCAAGUUCCACCAAUGACUUCUCCACUUCCGGAUUACCCAUCAUCCACUUCCGGGUGGAGUGACCCAUUUUCAUGGAUGUUCUACUAGUUUUUAAUUAUAUUUCCAAGCAUAAUUGUGAACUUUUUGUUGCUUUGCUUUCAAUGAAAGUGAUCUCAAAUUUGUUGACUUUGAUAUUUAACUUAAUUAACGACAUUUUGAUUUGUUUACUGUGGUGUGCAUUAAUUUUUAGAACCUGAUAUUCUAUAGAAUUAUGUGCGCAAGAUAUGGAUUUAUAGGGCGAAAAUACUGUUCAAACAAUAGUUACAAAUCAUUUGCUUUAAAUACUCAGUAUCGCUUAUAUUCCAGUAAUUCCAAACCCAAAGAAUUGAAUCUAUACAUACUUUCAUGUACAUGACUAUUUUAACACUAGCAUACAGCCAUACAUUAUAUGUUGUUGAUUGUUGUAUAACGUUGAAAUAAAGAGUUUUAAUACAUAGUA